GGUGGGCAGAGGAAGCGCGCGCGCCGCGGGUGGUUUAAAAGCGCCGGCUAAGAAGGCGCUGCUCGUAGAAGUGAGGAGCUCUGCGCCAGGAAAAGUUUAUCCCCCACUCACAGAGUCGAGUUAAAAAAAAGGGACGGAGAAGAGUCAGAGAUGGCUACCCAGGCGGAGCAGCUGCCCCUGCUGCAGCUGGCGGAGCUCACCGCGGCGCAGUUCAUCGACAUCUGGAAACACUUUGAUACGGACGGGAAUGGCUACAUUGAAGGGAAAGAGCUGGAGAAUUUCUUCACACAGUUGGAGUCUGCAAGACGAGGAGCCGGUGUGGAUCCUUCACAUGCAUCCUUCAAGGAGAAGAUGAGGGAGUUUAUGGCCAACUUUGACAAGAACUCUGAUGGAAGGAUUGAAAUGUCAGAGCUGGCUCAGAUUCUGCCCACAGAAGAAAACUUCCUGCUGUGUUUCAGGGAGUUUGUUGGAUCCAGUGCUGAAUUCAUGGCCGCCUGGAGAAAAUAUGACACUGACCGCAGUGGAUACAUCGAGUCAAAUGAACUAAAGGGCUUCCUGUCUGACCUGCUGAAGAAGGCGAACAGGAUCUAUGAUGACAAAAGACUCACUGAAUACACACAAACCAUUCUCAGGAUGUUUGAUCUCAACGGUGACGGAAAGCUGGGCCUUUCUGAAAUGGCGAGGCUUCUACCAGUUCAGGAGAACUUCCUGCUCAAAUUUCAGGGCAUCAGACUCACCGUUAAGGAGUUCGAUUCCCUUUUCACUUUCUAUGAUAAGGAUGGCAACGGCUACAUUGAUGAGCAGGAGCUGGAUGCCUUGCUGAAGGACCUCUGCGACAAGAACAAAAUGGAUGUGGACUCCACCGGGCUGGUGGAUUACAAGAAGAGCAUCAUGGCUCUGUCUGAUGGAGGGAAACUGUACCGCACUGAAAUGGAGAUCGUCCUCUGCCGGGACUCCAUGCUGUGACCUCCCCGUCCGGGGACCUGCAUCCUCAUCACGCCGCCUCCCUACCUCCUGGCGUUACCUGCUGCAUGUUAGCCCUGACCUCGCCACACCACGUAGACGGUGACAAACGUGUUCAUGACAGCACAAAGUGUUCUGCUGGCCGAAAUGUUCUAGAUCUUUACCCUGUUUAAUCUUUUCUUCAUUUAUUUAUUUAUUUUUUGUGGUUUAACAGCCACAAUGAUUUAUUUGGUUUUAAAAUGUAUUUGUAUUUUUGAAUUAUUUAUAUGUGCUCCUGUCGUUGGCUUAAAGAUGAAUUAUUUUACUUUUUGGCAUUUUUACUUUAUUUUUAUUGUUUUGUUUUCAAAGAAUGCAAGAGAAUAAAUAAAUAUAAGAGGAGAGCUUUUACCCCCGUUGAUCCAUUCGCAUUAAAAAGACCCAAAAGCAUUUAAUAAAGUGCCGAUGCUGUGACAGUUUGUGUGAUUAUUUAUUUCCUCAAGCUCAACCAAACACACACGUGAAGAUUACAUCCCAAAACAGAUGACCACAGCACCAGGGUCCCCUUCUACUGCAGAUGAAAUGAGAAAGGAGGCUGGUUCUGAUCCAUUUUUCAUAGAGGAGUCUCACACACUUUAGAGAACCACUUUAGGAGGAAGUAAGAUGGAGCCAGAGGAGAGAUGGAAAAACAAAAAACAGAGCUUCACUUAUCCCAUAUAGCAAAAAAA